AUGAUGUAUCUUUGUGUUUUUCGUCUGAAUGAGUCGACGUAUGGAAUCCUCCAAGACAUGACUUUGUAUGCCAUGGCACUGAGACACAGGAAGUGGGUUCUGUUACCAUCAAAAUAUGGAACUGAAGGAGUUGCCGAGCUGACUCAAGGAAGAAAAGAUAAAUCGUUUGCCCUAACGCCAACGAGGGUGGCGAAAGUGGGUAGGGGACCUACGGCAGAACUUCAUUCAAUAGACAUGUCCGUAAUAAGUGAAAAGAGAGCGGGGCAUAGACUAUUUACCGGAGACGAAAGACCAGCGGAAGGGCAUGAGUCGCCGAGGAAGAGCGUAGAUCAAAGCAAAGUUAAAGCUACAGUGGAAUCAGUAGAUCGAGUUGAAGCAGAUGUGGUGGACUCUGUUGCAGAUGAAACUAUAUCUUUAGCCGAAUGUUCCGGUGGUGAAGUUGAAUCCGUGGAGUCUGGGCCAGAGACUGACCUUUCUAGUUCCGUGUCGGAAGGGCCUCCAUUUGCGUAG